UACGAAUGUCCCCACUCUACAAUUUAUUCUUACAAGCAUACCACUCAUGGACUAUUAAAAAUGGGUAAAAAAUAAGUAUGUUGCGUGAUUGAAAGUAGCGUAUGCAAGUGAAUUUUAGUUUUUAAAUGACUACGUAUAACGGAGUUAUAAUAAAGUAUUUAUUGGAAUAUAUUUCUGUCAAUUAUUCAUUAAAUAGGCCUGGUUGAAAAAAUUAUAUAUAUAUAUAUAUAUUUAUAUAUCAUUAAAGAUAUUUUCAACCCGAACAAAAUAAAUAACAAAAAACCUUAUAUAGUAUUUACGAUAUGAUUAUAAGUGGAUACGUGUCACGACGAAGACGAAGACGAUAAUAAAUAAUUAAAGCAUCAUCAUGGCACCUACUAAACGAAGACCUCUUCACAAUUCUACGGGAACUGGAUCACCUGGAGGUAGUUUUAGAUCACGUGGAAUGAAUUUUCGUCCGAGCGCUGGAAUCCAGGAAGACCGAGGUGGCACGAGACCAACUCCGCCACCAACCUCUGUAGGUCUUGUAUUAAUUAGUAUGGUAAUUCAUCUAUGUAAAAAAUCAUUGCUCUUUGAUCCAAGACUUAAAAUUGUUAUCUACUGCGGGGCUAUCUUUAUUGUAUCACUUAUAGCGGACUUUGUAACAAUGCCCAAAAGUUAUUUUUCAAGAUCUGACAAUGUAUUUAAUCGUUACUUUGUAAAAUGGGGCUGGGGAUGGCUUCUGACAGUGACAGUACCAUGGGUUGCAUUGACAGCACAUACUAUAGGCUGUGGCAGACGUCCUGUUCUUAUAAAACAUUUAGCUAGACUUGCUUUAGCUACACUAGCCUGGUUACUGUGGACCAAACUCUUUCAUUUUAUUGAAACAAAUCAUGGAAGAUGUUUAAAUACUAAAGAUUUACAAUUACAAACUAAAACAAAAUGCCUACAGGCUGGUAAAUUUUGGAGUGGUUUUGAUAUUUCUGGUCAUACAUUUAUACUAAUAUACUCGAGCUUAAUUUUAGCUGAAGAAGCUGCUUCAUUUCUUGGAUGGGAAAGUAUAAAAGAUCAUAUUAUGAAAGAAGAAUACAGCCGUACUACCAAUGAAGUUAGUAGUGGAAUGCUACGAAAUUUAUCUGAUACCGAUAUGGACUUUCUUAAAAGAGCACAUAAUAUAUUUACGCCAUAUUUACGAGGAUUAUUUAUUGUAAUGACUCUUCAACAACUGCUAUGGGAUAUUAUGCUUGUAUCUACAAUUCUUUACUAUCAUAUAAUGAUUGAAAAAUUUAUUGGCGGUAUUAUUGCUAUUUUAACUUGGUAUGUAACUUAUCGAUGGUGGUUCAAGUUACCAAAAGGUGGUUUGAUGGCACCUGGUGAAGGUGUCUUCAAAUAUUAUGAGCCUAAAGUACAUCAGAGUAUACCUACGUCUAGACUAAGACGUACUACACUCAAUGGAAACACUCCUACAUUUAUGGGAAUGCCUAUUCGUAAACCACAACAACAGCAGCCCCAGCAACAACAACAAUCACAACCACAACAACAACAAGUUAAUAGUGAAUCUUGUACGACGAGACAGGAGUCUGAAACUAUUACUAUUCGAUAAUAUAAGUAAAUUUUUAAUGAUAAUUGAGUACGUUUGUACAGUACGUUAUAAAUGUGAUAUUCAUAUUUAUAAAUAAAUUCAAUAUGAUUCAGAAAUUAGCAGACAAUUAGUAAUUUUGGGAUUUUUUUUCAACAAAUUAAUUACAAAAAAUCAAAAACUAAAAAUACGCACAUGUAGAAAA